AUGGAGUCACAAGUUCCUACUGACUGUGAGGCAUGCAUCCAACAUGAGAAUCUUGGAAGUAAGGAUGGGAAUUCUAGUGAACCCUCCUCCUCACAAGAUAACAUCUCUCCACAGCAGCCAGUGAAAAAGCGACCACGGCAAUGGGCUGCUUGGACUCGUCAGGAGGAAGAAAGCUUUUUCACUGCACUGCGUCAAGUUGGCAAGAAUUUUGAGAAAAUCACUUGCCACGUCCAAAGUAAAAACAAGGAUCAGGUCAGACACUAUUACUAUCGGCUUGUGAGGCGCAUGAAUAAGUUGCUGGGUCCAGAACUUUGUCUUGAUGCAAAAAACUCGAAAGAUACCAAUGCUGCAAUGCUACGAUGGUGGUCAUUAUUGGAAAAAUACAGCUGUAAGGCAUCAAAGCUUCACUUGAAACCUCGAAGAUUUAAGAUAUUUGUAGAGGCUCUGGAGAACCAACUCUUGAAAGACCGCAAAAAGAAUGUAAGGAAACGGCUCUCUCCUGGAGAAAACAACUGCUCUACAGCUCCAAUUACUGUCUCAAAUCUGGGCAGGCCAUCGAGUCAUGAUAGUCGUGCAGUGAAAUUGGUUCUUGUUGACAGCCAAAACAUGCAAAAAGUUGGAACAGGCAAAGGAUCUUCUGUAAAGCGCAAUGUAAAUAAUAUAGGAACUGAUCGUACUAACAGCAAAGUAGAUUCAUCCUCUCUGAAAACAGCAAAACAUCGUCGGAAAUCAGGUUCUUCAACCGCUGCAUAUAAAAGAUGGGAGAAGGCAGCAAUUGCCGGCGUUUCGCUGGUGGCUGAUGCUGCUGAACAUCUGGAGCGGACAAUCACCGAGAAAGAGGUUGCACAAGAAGUUGAAUUUGUCCACGAAACACGAGCGAGUGGUGGUUCCCAGCCUGUUAGAAAAGUGGAGCUCUCUUUGCCAAUGUCAUCACAAAGUCAUAGCAAUGAAUACAAUGCACAAAACUCUAUGAAACUUAAGCUCCAGCUGUUCCCAAUUGAUGACUGCACUCGGAAAUCCUUGGAAGCGGACAAUUAUAAUCCCCAUCUGGAGCUCACUUUGGGAACACGAAAGAAGAUAUCAUCUGUAUUGGAUCACCUCAACCGCAAAUGGGGAAAUUCAAACUUAUUAUCUGGAGAUUUAAUGCUUUUCCCUUACUGGGCACACUCUGAAAACCUGGUGGGGUGUCAGAAGUGGACUAAGGACUCUCCACUCUGUGCAGCAGAUGUAUAUGCAAGAGUUGGAAGCCCUCCAGUUUUCCGCCUCAGAUAUGGUUGGUUUUCAAAAGCUGAGCUCGAAUCUGCAACACCUCAAGCAUUGCAGUCAUAUGCUGAUGUUAGUGAGAAAAAUAACAUCAAUAUAAUGAAAAAGCAUGACAUUGAGUCUGCGCCGACAUCAAGUCCAACUUAUAAAAAAUCUGGGAACCCAAGAUGGGGUACUUGUCAAGAACUGUUAGCUUCUACAGAUAAGAUGAAUUCUAUGACUCCCUCUUCAACAUUUGUUUCGAAGGAUGAGAUAAUCAAGUGUGGUAGAUCGGAUCCCGACAUUAAUAGUUCAAGUUACAUCGAGAGUACUCCAGCUGUUUCAAUAGUCAGAAGGGAGACCGGAGCUCUAGCUGAUAGAAGACAAGUUGAAAACAUGGAUGAUCGGAGCAUGCAGAAGGAUUUGGUACUUUCAGCUGGGGAGUGGGCUGAUAGUCUUACCUGUAUAAGUGUGGGGGAUCUACUUUCUGACUCGAUACUCAACGUGGAUGCCAACUGUGCUGAGUUACCUUCACCUGUUGGCUCUAACUCUCUGCAGCAGAUCCCAUUCAGUUGUGACUCUUUUGACGCCGCAAUUGCUGCUCACAUAUACAAACAUCAAAACAAAGUCGGUUCUCAGCUGGGUCUUGCUCCUGACGCACCUUCCAUUUGGGAUGCUGAAGAAACAUGUGAUGCCUUUGCAUUCCAAAAGAGUGGUGCUUUCUGUGAAAAAGUUGACAGUGAUGUCAGGAAUGCUUCUCUAGAGACCUUUAAACAAAUUAAUAGGACGAGUUCUUCAGUAUCCCACAAUGCAGUUGAGGAGUUGCCUGAAGACAAGAAAUCAAAUAAUGAUGAUCCUAUAUAUGGAGAGCCAAUGGACACUUUAGAGAAUUCUGCAAAGGAUUUUAGUGGACUAACUGAAACAUAUUGGCCUGACUCGUUAGGACCAUUAGAUUUGGAUAUACCCUCUUGUAGAUUGCAUAGUGAUGAUAUAAUUCUUAGUGAUAGCAUUGGUGGUUUGAACCGAUUCCUAGCGAACAGUCUGGAUGCAUUUCAGAAUUGCUCGUUCUUUGGCUUGGACAAGAAAGAAUCUGCAUCCGCAGUUGAGGCUCACCAAACAGCUCCCGUUUCAGAUUUCAAAAUCAGCAUUUGGUUUUCUAUGGAUCACCACAGAGGAGAUAUUAGCAUUUUCGAAAGCAGAAAGCUAUGCUUCAAGAAGAAAGCGCUAAUAUACCCGUUGAUUUGA